GGGAUUAGAAGUCACGAAUAUCUAUUUUUUUAUUUUUAUUAUUAUUGGUUUUGAUGUAAUAAUUAUGACUAAGUGCAAUUCAGGAAUUAGUUUUCCUCCUCAACAGUGACAAUCGCAAACACGACUUUCUUUGACCCUUGCGAGAUUCCGUAGACCCGGAACUUGUUUCACAACCACCGGGUCUCAGCGUGACAUUCACCGGGUUGUUUGGGGGUUGUUUUACUCCAAGUCUUCCAAAACCACGGCCCGACCGAGCUGCUUACAACAUGAGGGUUCUUCGCGUUGGACUUUCCCUUGCAAAGAAGCACAUUUUGGCUCCAGGGAGCGUCACGAUUAAAAAGGUCCUUGUUGACAGUUGUCGGCCAUGUUCCUCUGGGUUUUUUCCCAAUGAAAGGAUCCGUAACAUCGGAAUCUCAGCUCACAUCGACUCAGGGAAGACCACCCUGACCGAGAGGGUCUUGUACUACACCGGCAGAAUAGCAGAGAUCCACGAGGUGAGAGGCAAGGAUGGUGUGGGGGCUACAAUGGACUCCAUGGAGCUGGAGAGACAGAGAGGGAUCACCAUCCAGUCUGCUGCUACUUACACCAUGUGGAAGAAUCACAACAUCAACAUCAUUGACACGCCAGGUCACGUGGACUUUACCAUCGAAGUGGAGCGAGCGCUGCGUGUCCUGGAUGGAGCCGUGUUGGUUCUGUGUGCUGUGGGAGGGGUCCAGUGUCAGACCAUGACAGUCAACCGGCAGAUGAAACGCUACAGCGUCCCUUUCCUCACCUUUAUCAACAAGCUGGAUCGCAUGGGUGCGAACCCUGCCAGAGCCCUGCAGCAGCUCAGAACCAAACUGAACCACAACUCUGCGUUUGUGAACAUCCCAAUGGGUGUGGAGGGAAACAUGCGCGGCAUCAUCGAUCUCAUCGAGGAGCGGAGUAUUUAUUUUGAAGGACCAUUUGGCCAGUCCAUUCGCUAUGAUGAGAUUCCGGCAGAAUUCCGUGCCGAAGCUGCCGAGCGGAGGCAGGAGCUGGUGGAGUGUGUGGCCAAUGUUGAUGAGAUUUUAGGAGAGAUGUUCCUGGAGGAGAAGGUUCCAACUAAUGACGAUUUAAAGGCGGCGAUCCGCCGGGCCACUGUGCAGCGCCUUUUCUCUCCUGUCCUGGUGGGCACGGCGCUAAAGAACAAGGGGGUUCAGCCUCUGCUGGACGCUGUGCUGGAGUUCCUGCCAAAUCCUACAGAAGUCAAAAACUAUGCAAUCCUUAAUACUGAGGACUCCAAUGAAUCAUCAAAGAUUGAGAUGGACCCUGCCAGAGACUCUGCGAACCCUUUUGUCGGUCUGGCCUUUAAACUGGAGGCCGGCAGGUUUGGUCAGCUGACAUAUGUGCGAGUGUACCAGGGCUGUGUGAAGAAAGGGGAGUACAUCUACAACACGAGAACAUGCAAGAAGAUCAGAGUGCAGAGGCUUGUUCGUCUGCACGCUGACCAGAUGCAGGAUGUAGACGAGGUGUACGCUGGAGACAUCUGUGCUCUGUUUGGAAUUGACUGCGCGAGCGGAGACACCUUCACCUCGAAGACCAGCGCGAAUCUCUCGAUGGAGUCGAUCCACGUCCCAGAACCAGUCAUCUCCAUGACACUGAAGCCGACCAACAAGAACGACUUGGACAAAUUCUCCAAAGGAAUCAACCGUUUCACGCGAGAAGAUCCGACAUUCAGAGUUCACUUUGACACGGAAAGUAAAGAAACCAUCAUCUCAGGCAUGGGCGAGCUCCAUCUGGACAUCUACUCUCAGAGAAUGGAGCGUGAGUACAACUGCCCCUGCGUGUUGGGAAAACCCAAAGUGGCUUUCAGAGAGACGAUCACAAACGCUGUUCCUUUUGAAUUCACGCAUAAGAAGCAGACUGGAGGUUCUGGUCAGUACGGUAAAGUCAUCGGCACCCUGGAGCCUCUGGACUCGGACAGUUUCACCAAAGUAGAGUUUGAAGACCAAACAGUGGGAACCAACGUCCCAAAACAGUUUGUUCCUGCCGUAGAGAAGGGUUUCAGAGAGGCCUGUGAGAAAGGACCCCUCAGUGGCCACAAGAUUUCUGGAAUCCGAUUUGUGUUGGAAGACGGAGCGCAUCACAUGGUGGACUCCAAUGAGAUCUCCUUCAUCCGCGCAGGAGAAGGCGCUCUAAAGCAGGCCAUGGAGAAAGCCAACACCGUCAUCCUGGAGCCCAUCAUGUCGGUGGAAAUCGUGGCGCCUCAGGAAUUCCAGGGAACGGUGAUCGCCGGGGUCAACCGUCGCCACGGAGUCAUCACGGGACAAGACGGCGCGGAAGGAUACUUCACUCUCUACGCUGACAUCCCACUGAACGACAUGUUCGGCUACUCGACAGAACUGCGCUCCAACACGGAGGGAAAAGGGGAGUACACGAUGGAUUACAGCAGAUACCAGCCCUGUCUGCCCACGACUCAAGAAGAGCUGGUACACAAGUACUUGGAGGCUACAGGUCAGCUGCCAGCCAAGAAGAACAAGUGGAAGAACUGACCUGCUUGUCAGACUUUAACUCACCCGUCAUUGGCAGAACUGUGACCUAUUUAUUAGAUUGAUUUUAAUGUCCCAGAGAGAUCAUGUGGAGUGACUGCGAGCCUUCUGUUUGGACCGCUGGAUUUUGUACUGAUGUAAUUAUGACUCUGACAGAAUACAUGUUUUAUU